CGGCAGGGGACCCCUGCUGCACGGUAAGUACGGUAUGUAUCAUAUCUUGUUUGGAUAUGAACCUGAGAUGUCAUCGUUUUUCACCUAUUUUUAUACAGUAUUGAACAUACAGUAAUAGUUUAUGUCCAUACGUAGAAGUACAAACGAAGAACUUCUCGGCGGAGCUUGCAGAGCUCCCGCUUCCCGCGGGACUUUGCUGUGCCUACGCGGAAGGUGCGCGACAAUUUUUGACUGGGUCGAAAAAUGCAAACAGGGAUCAUUUUUUGGUGAAACCAAACACCGCGUUCUCGGGCGGGAACUAGCGGACGUACGUACCGUACGACGAAUGACAGGAAUAAUAUCCGACUUUGAACUGCUGUACCGUACAGUACGUACUUGGUACUCGUACUCGUACUCGAAAGAACACGAAUUCUGUACGAGUCCGUACGCAACUGUACCAGUAACUCGUACGAACCGAACGGCUACCAUCUCAAAAACGCCAGAGACUAAAAAAAAAUAACUGUACACCGCAAGCCAGCAACGGUCGGAACAACUCUUGCAAAACAAGGCAACCCGUUGUUCCCGGAAAGCCACCCUCGCAAUCGCUAGCAAGCACCAACUUCAAACAAGCGCACAGAAGACAAACAACAAAAGAAAAGACAGAAGGAGAGGAAGAUAGACAGAGAGGAAUUUGCCCGACAUUUCCUUCGAUCGAAUACGUCCGCGAAUCCUCAUCAUUGCUGGGUUGUCGGUCACGUUUGAGAAGAGCGGCACAUCGUAGCAUUGAACAGCACGGCAGCGCAGCGUAGUUUAGCGCAGCAAAAGAGAAUAAAAUAGAGCAAACGCACGAUGGAAAUUCGGCAUCGAAAAAAUGCCAGGGCUUCGAGAAUUUCGAAUCCUGUGGCGAUGGGGGCUCUCUUCGUGGCGGUGUGUUGCCUUCUCGGCUUCAAUGCAGUCAUACGGGGGAACACCGGCGACACCGCCGCCGUGAGCCGCAAGUCUUCCGUGGUUGCUUCCGCCCCCAACGGAGACAUCAACAACAACAAUAACAACGAGAAUACCAGCAACAGCAACCGGAACACCCAAACCAUCGGCAACAACAGCAACAACGUUGUCUACAGCCGAUUCGGAGUCACCGUCUUCUAUCCCAUUUACAACUACGCAAAAGACAAGGACGGCGAAGCACCACCCGCCUCUCCAGUGACCGAGAAACUGCUGGAAGACCUCCGGCACUCGCCCUCGGUGACGCAGGUCGUGGGACUGGACACGGACCACCCGCCGUCCUUUCUGGAGAGCUGCGGUACCGGUCACGGGAUUGCGGUGGUGGAUGCUGCGGGAGGGGAACAAACCACGGGCGCCGUUUCCGAGCGGUUUCGGCAGCUGAGGGCCUCGAGGCAGCCCCACCUGGCCAUGGAACUCCUCAAGUACUGCGCACUGGACCACUACCAGGGCGGGCUCUACGUCGAUUCCCACUCGCUGCUGACCAGCACGGUGGAAAACCUCUUGUCGAGGGUGGAAGCCGGCGGCAACGGAAACCUCGCCGUGCUGAACGACCCGAAAAUAUCCCCCGAGAGCAUCCACGGAGCACUCUUGUACAUUGCCGACGACUCGAAGGGUUCGGCGCGGAAGAAACAGAACAAGGCCCAAUCGACCUCCGUCGUCGGGGGCAUGAUCCGCUUGCUGCUGUCGACCGACGUGUCGGUCCUGGUAUCCUCCCCGCUCUUUUUGCCCAAGUCGCUCUACGGCCUGGUGGCAAAGGACGAAGGGGUCGGCGAACUGUCCGCGAGCCGGGAGACGACCGCGGGGAAGGGCACCCACUGGUAUUUGCUGCAGCACACCUGCAGCCUAUUUGCGCUGGGACAGAGGCCGCUCACGGCACCGAUUUCUCCCUACGCGCUGAACAGCCACCGGUAAGUCGGGCCCGGUCGGAUGGCGCGCAUCGCAUUGCCGUUUCGUGCCGUGUGGUGCCGUGUGGUAUGGUAUGGCAUGGUAUGGCAUGGUAUGGUGGGUGGAAGCGCAUCCGCUUUGGUUUCGUUUUGGCGUGGGCUUGCGCUAUUCGUUUGCGUUUUCCUGUGGUCGGUCGGGCCGCGCUGGAUGGACCGAAAGCACGGCUUCCGGGGAGGAACUCUCUUUUUUUAUGUGCUGUGAUGGGGCACUGCCUCCGUUGCCGACGGGUCGCGAUCUAACCUUUUUGCCACCUCUCUCUUGGUCGUUCUCGUAUGUCAAAACCUUCCCCUUUCUAUUCUUGAAUGUAUCGUGCCACAAUUUCUGGCGACAAUCGUUGCUCUCGAAGACUGACGCAAAAUUGCCCCGAACCCAAUGGCUUUUGUUGUAGCAUUUACGACUCAAUUACCCAUAUACCAACUAUGAUGACCAAACAUUUGCUCCUACCCUAUCAAGUCCUUCCACCAACCUCAGACCUACCGCAACCUCUCAACGCCGACAAGGGCGAAUUCGACGAAGCAGAUCUCCCGUACAUAUCGACGAUAUCCGAACGGGUCCAUGCGCGACCAGAAGGGCACGCACUCCUCACACCGAACUUUUUUGAAACGCUGCUGCAGAGCGAUUGCCUUCCCUCGGACAAAAAGUGCAGCGAUUGCUUGCGCAACAAACAAGGCUCGAACUGCAAGACUUGUGCCCAUGCCUGUCCGUGCUACUGCAAGGCUCUUUGUCACGUACCGGUGGAAGAAAAAUUCGUUUCCAAGUCUCUGGUGAUCAGCCCACCCAUUUACGCCAAGGAGCCGUCUCGGUUGGUUCCCCGGAUUGUGCACCAAACCUACUACGAGACCGUGACAUCGGAGAAAUACCCGAACAUGAGUCGUCUCAUCGAAUCCUUCAAGCAGUCCGGUUGGGAAUACAAGUUUUACACAGACGAAAUGAGUCUGAACUUUCUAAGCACGCACUUUCCACCCGAAGUUCGGGAGGCAUACGAAACCCUUCGACCGGGGGCCUUCAAAGCUGAUUUGUUCCGCUACUGCGUUUUGUUGAUCCACGGCGGUGUUUACGCCGAUAUGGAUAUUAUGCUAGAAACGAAUCUCGAUCUAGCCAUCGGACCCGACAUUGGCUUUAUGAUUCCGCACGACGAACCAGGGACGCCUGUGAAUCGACGAAUGUGUUUGUGGAAUGGGUUUAUUGCAGCUGCUCCGGGCCAUCCCUUUCUGGCAAAGACCAUCGAAACCGUGGUCAAUAACAUUCGAAAUCGAUUCACGGGUGUGGACACGGACGCCAUGUUUUGCCCCAAUCCAGAAAUGAGCAUGUUGCACAGUUUCGAUACGCUUUUCACAGCUGGUCCUUGCAUUCUUGGCGCCAUGGUAAACAAGGUGCUCGGCAGACACGGCCAAACAUCCUUCGAAGCAGGCGAGAUCGAUCUUUGGGAACGAAGCAAACAAGAUGCUUUACAAAAUGGGACUAAAUUUGUAAUCGGUGUCGACGACAAGCCAAGCAAGAAGAUUCCAGGAAGGACGAUUAUUUUGAGCCAAAACAAAUGGGAUAUGGGCUCACACCGAUUCACGUUCAUCGAAAAGAACUUGGUUGUGGCGGCUACCGACCUACCCGGUGCCGAUGAUCGGGCGAACCAAGAAACUACUAAAGAACACUACAGCAAGACCCACGUGAAGGCCGGAAUUUACGGUCUCGAUCGACUUUAUACGGACAAUGUCCGGGCGAACGAAAACCUGCGCUUUUACGUCGAUGCACAAUGGUCUCGGUAUGUGCAACGAGGCACCAGAGAUCCCGGCGGGACCGCGAGUGGAUCGAAGACGUAACGUAACUUGAUGUAGCGAACGAUCAGUUGACAGAAAUGGCGUCCCAACGUCCCGAGGCCUAUUGAUUCGAGUCUCGUUCGGCACCAGAUGCAGCAUGUUUUGUUGCGAUAGACUAAGCAACUAUGUAAUGUAUCUAUCGUUUAAACAAGGAGAAAAAUUACAGUAUGAUUAUGCAAGCAUAUAGUGUGACAUUUAAACAACAUGUAAAGUACCCUGCUUUUCCAUUUCGUGCACUCUCUCCCUCCCAGCGGAAAUUGCAAUACAGGGCACUCGAGAUGAACGAUUACAGCCCAUAGAUGCAGUUUCGUUCCUUUCUCGUGACGUACACCAAAUCGUUUUCCGGAAGAACAUCUCGCUUUCGUUUCUGAAUCCGAGACGAACCCUCGGACAACGCACCAAUCGACUCGUCCGAUACAAUCCCUCCCCCGCUCACCGAGUAGGCGUCGCUGCUGCAAGGACGACCGUCCGAUGCCGGGGCACCGCUGUCUAACACAAUCCCUGAACCAUCGCCAAACAUGGUGUGUGGAUACGGAGUUGCAUCGGGAUCAGACCCUCCGAUGGCACCAAUCUCUUCCAGCAUAAUGUCCUCGAUUCGAAAAUCGCUUGGGUUGUCUUCGGCCUUGCCUUGUGGUUGUGGCUGAAGCUCUUGGGGGAAACUCGAGCGGGACAGGUGUUCCUGAUGGUCAAGUACAACAUUAUUCGGAGAGUGAUCUGCUCUCAUGCUGUGCCUACUAGAGCUAUUAACGUCGUUGCGGACGCCUUCUGUCUGCGGAAGCUUUGGUGGCUUCUUGUCUGGAAACAUACCGGUCACUUCCUUGAAAUCAGCGGCCAAAGGCAUACCGUAGCAUCUUCUCUCAGAAGUUCCCGAGCUUGUCCCGUCCGUGUUGUUCGCAGCAGAAGGCAAGUUGAGCGGGGUUCGCGGUUUGAACUGCAAGCUGGACUUUAACACUUCAUCAGCAGAAUGAUUCGACGAAACAAGGGGCCCUUGUUUCGUCACAUUCAACGGUUCCAAAUCAGGGAAUUUGAUAGAUGUCGAAACUCCGGGUGGCAGACCUUUCCCCAGAAACCGAUGAAAAUCAUCGAAGGAUUUACUCGUAUAAUAAGCAGGUGAAAGCUCAGGGAGCUGAUUAUUCGUGACAAUUGGGUUGGUGUGAUUCAUCUUCUUCGGGUUUGCGACCUUGUCAAAUCCAGCUAAGAAAUUUGGUAUGUGUGUAUGCGACAUUUUGCAAUCCAUCAUCAUCUGAUUCGAGGUGACACUGUCCAGAGUUACGGCUUCAGAAGAGGACUGGAUGUUAUUGACGACACCCUUUUCUCUCGGCUUGCAAAAUUGUAGAGCAGAGCUUUCCACUGAC